GCACACACAGCCCCGAUGGCUCCAGACCCCAGCGCUGGCCGUGGCCUCCUGCUGCUCACCUGCUGCCUGGCCGCUGCCCACGCCCACAUACUGGGCCUGAGUUUGCCGUGGUUCCUGAGGUCUGCGGACCCCACGAUGACACUGGCCUCCGAGCCCCGGAAAGGCUCAGCUGUGCAGCCUACAGCAGACCCCACCACACAUGUGGCCCCCCAGGAGGGCCCCACCGAGCAGGCCACCGCUGCUGCCGUACGUGAGCUGCCCCUGGAGGAGCUGGAGGCUGGCCAGGGCAGAGCCCCUACUGCCCCUGUGGCCCUUGCCCAGAGACCAGACAUGAGGGAGGAGAACGUUGCCGGCGUGGGAGCCAAGGUCCUGAACGUGGCCCAGGGCAUCCGGAGCUUUAUCCGGCUGUGGAAUGAUGCUGCCCCCACUGAGAGCCCCACCGGGGCAGGUACCCUGGCCCCUGUGGUCCCCACGGACCCCCUCACUCUUCCUGAGUCCUCCAGCACUGCCGCUGGGAGCAGGACGGCUCCUGGGCCAAGUAGUACAGCCUCCAGCUCACAGGACACCCCAAGGACCCAUUCCAGCACCUUGCCAGUGCCCACCCAGCUGCUUGCCUCUUCGAGCAGACCCCGGGCCCGGCUCAGAAAGCCUUUGAUGCCCCCGCCAACUCCAGAGAGUGCCGGUGCAGAAGAGGUGGGGCUCCUACAGCUCCUUGGGGAGCCCCCACCCCCACAGGUCAUCCAGAUUGAGGACCCCGACAUUGGCCCAGCCUACGUCUUCGGUCCAGACGCCAACAGUGGCCAGGUGGCCCGCUACCAUGUGCCCAGCCCCUUCUUCCGGGACUUCUCCCUGCUCUUCCAUGUGAAGCCUGCCACGGAGGGUGCAGGUGUGCUAUUUGCCAUCACAGACGCGGCCCAGACGGAGGUUCACGUUGGUGUGAAGCUCUCACAGGUGCAGGACCGGCAACAGCAGAUCCAGCUCCUGUACACAGAGCCAGGUGCAGGGCGCACCCACACAGCCGCCAGCUUUCGCCUGCCAUCCUUUGCCCGCCAGUGGACCCGCUUUGCGCUCAGCGUGGAUGGCAGUACUGUGGCACUCUACGUGGACUGCGAGGAGUUCCAGAGGCUGCCCUUCCAAAGGUCCCCGGGGGGCCUGGAGCUGGAGCCUGGUGCUGGCAUCUUUGUGGGUCAGGCUGGAGGAGCCGACCCCGACAAGUUCCAGGGGUUGAUUGCAGAGCUGAGGGUACGUGGAGACCCCCGAGUGAGCCCCCAGCAGUGCCUGGACGAGGAGGAGGGUGAUGACACAGAUGGGGCAUCGGGAGACUUUGGAAGUGGGCAUGAGGACAACCAGGAGCAUCUCACGCAAGAAAUGGGCUCUUCCCUGAAACCCAUCGUGCCUGAGGCUCCUCCGGUCACCUCUCCACCCUUGGCUGGAGGCAGCAACACUGAAGAUUCCAGAACUGACGAAAUCGAGGAAGCAACGACAGUGGCUACGUUAGGAACCCAGACCCUCCCUGGUGUGGAGCAGGGGAGAGAAAGUGACACCCGUCCUGUGGGCUCAGAUGUGGCUGCCGCAUGGGACAGCGUGGAAGAGGUGGCCCCGAGGCCCGGCUCUACAGGCCUGAAGGGGCAGAAGGGGGAGCCAGGAGCCCAGGGCCUGCCUGGCCCUGUCGGUCCCCAGGGUCCCGCAGGCCCAGCCAUCCAGAGCCCUGAUGGCUCCGCCGCACAGGCUGUCCCUGGGCCGCAGGGACCGCCUGGACCCCCUGGGCCAUCAGGAAGGGACGGCGCCCCAGGAAGGGAUGGUGAGCCAGGAGAUCCCGGCGAAGAAGGAAAGCAGGGCAACACUGGGCCUCAGGGCUUCCCGGGAACCCCAGGAGAGAUAGGCCCCAAGGGCGAGAAGGGGGACCCUGGGGUCGGGCCACGUGGACCCCCUGGGCCCCAGGGGCCUCCAGGACCUCCAGGACCAUCCUUCAGACACGACAAGCUGACCUUCAUCGACAUGGAGGGGUCUGGGUUUGGUGGUGACCUGGAGACCCUCAGGGGCCCACGAGGCUUCCCCGGCCCCCCUGGGCCCCCCGGCGUCCCAGGCCUGCCUGGUGAGCCAGGCCGCUUUGGGGUGAACAGCUCAGACAUCCCAGGGCCUGCAGGCCUCCCCGGUGUGCCUGGGCAAAAGGGGCUCCCGGGGCAUCCCGGCCCCCCGGGACCCCCAGGUCCUCCAGGAAAAGAGGGGCGACAAGGAGAGAAUGGCGAGAAAGGAAGCCCUGGUGAAGUGGGCACCCCAGGACCUAAGGGAGACCAGGGAGACCCUGGCCCUGUUGGUGCUCCUGGGCAGAAUGGCCUUGCAGGAGACCCUGGACCAGUUGGACCUCCAGGGCCCCCGGGACCCCCUGGACCCCCUGGGCCGCCUGGGCCAGGACUUGCAGCAGGAUUUGAUGACAUGGAAGGUUCUGGAGUACCCUUCUGGUCAGCAGGCCAAGGCUCCGUUGGACCACAGGGACUGCCCGGCCUGCCAGGACUCAAGGGAGAUCCCGGAAUGGCUGGGCUUCCUGGGGCAAAGGGAGAAACUGGAGAGAACGGCGCCCCUGGGAUCCCUGGCCUCCCCGGCAGAGAGGGUACAGGCGGGCCACAGGGACCAAAAGGAGAUAAAGGGAGCCAAGGAGAAAAGGGCGAGCCAGGGAAGGAUGGAGUGGGGAAGCCUGGGCUCCCAGGGCCCCCCGGACUCCCGGGGCCUAUCCUCUAUGUGACGUCGGAGCAGGACAAAGAGAUUGCCAGUGUGCGGGGAACCAAGGGCAGUCCGGGGCACACAGGCUUUCCUGGACCGGCUGGCCCAAAGGGUGACUUGGGCUCCAGAGGCGAGCCUGGCUUCCCAGGACAGAAGGGUGAAAAGGGCGAGCCUGGCACCAUCGUUAGCCCUGACGGCAAUGUCCUGACCCCUGCCCAGAAAGGAUCCAAGGGUGAGCCGGGCUUCCGAGGACCCCCAGGCCCCUACGGACGCCCUGGGCACAAGGGUGAGAUCGGCUUUCCUGGACGGCCGGGUCGCCCAGGGAUGAACGGACUGAAGGGGGAGAAAGGGGAGCCAGGGAAUGCUGCCGCCGGAUACAGCUUGAGGGGUCCGCCCGGCCUCCCAGGGCCUCCAGGGCCCCCAGGCCCUCCUGGGACACCUGUCUAUGACAGCAGUGCAUAUGUCAACUCUGGCCGCCCUGGGCCUCCAGGAUCACCAGGGUACCAGGGGCCUUCUGGACCAAAGGGUGACAAAGGAGAAGUGGGCCCACCUGGUCCCCCAGGGCAGUUCCCGUUCAACUUCCUGCAGCUGGAGGCUGAGAUGAAGGGCGAGAAGGGUGACCGGGGGGACGCUGGGCAGAAAGGAGAGAGGGGUGAGCCAGAAGGUGGCGGAAUCUUCGGCUCCAGUGUGCCGGGGCCCCCUGGCCCCCCUGGUCCACCAGGCUACCCUGGGAUUCCGGGUCCCAAGGGAGAGAGUAUCCGGGGUCAGCCUGGCCCACCAGGCCCUCAGGGACCCCCCGGCAUUGGCUACGAGGGACGCCAGGGGCCUGCUGGGCCUCCUGGACCUCCAGGGCCCCCAGGACUCCCCUCGUUUCCUGGCCCACACAGACAGACAAUCAGCGUCCCCGGCCCCCCUGGCCCACCUGGCCCCCCAGGGCCCCCUGGAACCACGGGUGCAUCCUUGGGUGUGAAGAUCUGGGCCACGUACCAGACCAUGCUGAACAAGGUGCACGAGGUGCCUGAGGGCUGGCUCAUCUUUGUGGCUGAGAGGGAGGAGCUGUACGUCCGGGUCCGGAAUGGGUUCAGGAAAGUUCUGCUGGAGGCCCGGACACCACUGCCACGCGGAACGGACAACGAAGUGGCUGCCCUGCAGCCCCCUGUGGUCCACGAGGGCCACCUAUACUCCUGGCAGGAGCCUCCCCACUCUACAGCACGGCCCUGGCGGUCAGACGGCAUCCUGGCCAACCCCCCACGCCUGCCGGACACCCAGCCCUACCCUGGGGCCCCGCACUACAGCUCCUACGUGCACCUCCAGCCAGGUCGCCCCACCAUCCUGCCUACCCAUGCCCACCAGGACUUCCAGCCAGUGCUCCACCUGGUCGCCCUCAACAGCCCGCUCACGGGCGGCCUGCGCGGCAUCCGCGGCGCUGACUUCCAGUGCUUCCAGCAGGCACGGGCCGUGGGGCUUGCUGGCACCUUCCGCGCCUUCCUGUCCUCUAGGCUACAGGACCUGCACAGCAUCGUGCGCCGUGCUGACCGUGCAGACGUGCCCAUUGUCAACCUCAAGGACGAGGUGCUGUUCCCCAGCUGGGAGGCCUUGUUCUCGGGCUCCGAGGGCCAGCUGAGGCCUGGGGCCCGGAUCGUCUCCUUUGAUGGCAGGGACGUCCUGAGGCACCCUGCCUGGCCUCAGAAGAGCGUGUGGCACGGCUCGGACCCCAGCGGGCGCCGGCUAACCGAGAGUUACUGCGAGACAUGGCGGACAGAGGACACAAUGGCCACGGGCCAAGCCUCCUCACUGCUAGCAGGCAGGCUACUGGGGCAGAAGGCCGAGAGCUGCCGCAAUGCCUUCAUCGUCCUCUGCAUUGAGAACAGCCUCAUGACCGCCACCUCCUAGUGUGAACUCUGCUGCAUGGGUGGAUGGACGGACAGGAGGCCCGGGAGGAGCCUCCAUUGCAGGCAGGGGGUCCGGGGUGAAAGCAGCUGGCGCCUGGUGGGACCUGGCAGCUUCACUUUUCUGUAUAGUUCACGUCUUCAUGUAACCCCUCAAGAAAAUAAAAGGAGCCAAAGAGUGUAUUUUUUAAAAAGUUUAAAA